GCUCAAGAUUGGGCAGAAACUAGAAGAAUAACGUGGGACUUCUUCUCUUCUUUGCAUGAUCUCAACUUCAAAACGAUUCCAGAUCAAGCGAUUCGGCAUGGCUCUUCUCGACGCAAGUUGCCUCGGCCAUCUGACAAAGAAUGGGAGCUUCUCGCAACGUGGCUGCGCAAGCUCAAAGGGGGGAAUGGGUUUCUUGACAUGACAGGCAUAGAAGCAAUGACUUGGAAUUUAGCAAGCCAAGACGCUACCUUCAAUAUUGGGGAGUUAGCGGUCGAAACGCACAGGUUUACUCUAUUCAUGAACGGCAAAGUCGUUAACCUGUAUCACAGAGUGAUUGGACAACACAGGACGGCUAGCACCCGGUUCACACAAACCUCCCUCUGUACUCACAACGAGAAAAAGAUCUCGCGCUUCAGUGACAUCAUUCUUGCAACUCUGUCCGCUGCACUGCCAACUCUUGCAAUCCUCGUCUUGUACUUCCUGCAGAACAUGUUGCAUAGAAUAGGACUUGUCGUUGUCGUUACCAUGAUUUUCUCAUUCCUGUUUGCACUACUUACUAGGGCAAAGAUGGCUGAAAUCUUCGCGGCAGCGGCUGCCUUUGGGCUGUGGAGGUGGUCUACAUUGGUAGCGUGGCUUCUAACGACCCAGUCUGUGUAUGCUCAUCAUCUCAGUCCUAGGACGUCCAUCCGUCUGCGGGUAUUAGAGAUCGAAGUGAUAGAUUCGAGGAAGUUCAUUCUCUGUCUUUACAGCAAUGAAUCCUCUAUUUCUCGUAUGCCGUUGGAAUCUUUGUGUGAUUAUCUGGUAUUUUUCUAUCAGGCAUAG